AUGUCGGUCUGGCCCUCGCCAACCGUGCCCCGGCCGCUGCAGCAGCUCUUUGACCGCGUCCCGCUCCUCACCUACGAUGCCAAUGCUCUCCCGGCCCGCUCCCAGUCGGCAACGUCGAGCCGACUACCCACUCUCUAUGUCUUCUCCACCGACAGCGACGCCAGGCUGGGCGCCCCUAGCUAUAACCCGGGGUGUCUGAAGUGGCAGACAUUUCUCAAGCUCGCCCGCGUAGAGUUCCAGAUCGUCCCGGCGACGAACCACGCCUCCCCCACCGGCGCUCUCCCAUUCCUGCUGCCCGCCAGGCCCUCGCCGUCGGCGUCGCCCGCGCCCGUCUCCGCUGCCCGGCUGCACAAGUAUGCCCUCGAGCACGGCCAGCACAAGCCGGCCGAGCAGACGCCGACGCUCCGCCUCGACGCCUACCAGGCGCUGCUCGACGUGCCCAUCCGCAACGCCUGGCUGCAGGCCCUGUACCUGGAGCCCCGGCACGCCGCCCUGCUGGGCCGGCUCUACGUCGCGCCGGCCUCGUCGUCGCUCUGGGUGCAGGCGACGCUGCGGCACCAGCUCCGCCGCGCCGCCGAGGCCGAGAUCCUCAAGACGAGCUCCUCGGCCGGCGGCGGCGGCGCCUCGGCGGCAACCCCCAUCCUUGUCGACGAGAGCGCCAUGUAUGCCGGCGCCCGGGAUGCCCUGGAUGCCCUCGCAGACCUGCUCGCCGAGAGCGAGACGGGCUGGUUCUUUGGCGCGCCCUCGCCCUCGCUCUUUGACGCCAGCGUGUUUGCCUACACGCACUUGAUGCGCCGGCUGCUGGAUGGCGGGGCCGACGGUGAGGGGGAAGACCUCAAAAUCCCGGCGAGGUUAGGCGCGCUCGUGAGGGACGCGGGCACCGGCGAGCUGGAGAGCCAUCGGUCGCGCCUUUUGGAGAUGCUCUGGCCCGGCGAGUCCUUGUCUGGGAGGUGA